AUGAAGCCAACUCUCUAUGUGUGUUUGUUACUUGUUGGACUUCUUGCUGUUGUCCAUUGUAAUCAUGACCCUGACCACCAUGAUGAUGCAAAGCCCCAGGAACAUCAUCCCAGUGUUGAAGGAAAUCCUAAAAGCAAAACACCGGCUUGUUCCAAAAUAACUCCCAGCAAUGCUGACUUUGCAUUUAGAUUCUACAAGCAGGUUACAUCAGAUGCAGUUGACAAGAAUAUUUUCUUCUCUCCUUUGAGCAUCUCCACUGCUUUAGCCAUGGUGGCUCUAGGUGCUAAAUCAACCACCCUGACUCAGAUUCUGGAAGGACUCGCCUUUAACCUGACAGAGAUUAAGGAGAAGGAGAUACAUGAAGGUUUUCGUGAUCUCAUUCACUGGCUAAACCGUCCUGACAGUGAAGUCCAGCUGAAUCUGGGAAAUGCCCUUUUUGUUGAUGAGAAGCUGAUAUUGCUACAGAAGUUUUUGGAAGACGUCAAAAGCUUGUAUGAAGCAGAAGCUUUUCAUAGUAAUUUCCAGAAUUCUCCAGAGGCUGAGAAACAGAUCAAUGAUUAUAUAGAGAAGAAAACCCAUGGGAAAAUUGCCAACUUGGUCCAGGGUCUUGAUCCACUCACUGUAAUGGUUCUUGUCAACUAUGUUUACUUUAAAGGUGAGACAUCCUACUGGGAACAUCCUUUCAGUGAUUCGCUCACCCACGAAGCAGACUUUUUUGUGGAUGAGAAAACAUCAGUUAAAGUAAAUAUGAUGACCCGAGAUGGAGGUUAUAACAGUCACCAUGACAAGGAGUUGUCUUGUCAGGUGGUGGAAAUACCUUACAAUGGAAAUGCUACAGCAUUAUUUAUCCUGCCUGAUGAAGGAAAAAUGAAGCAAGUGGAGAAUGCUCUGUUGAUAGAAACUGUGUCUAAAUGGGUAAAAUCACUUAAACAAAGAAGAAUAGAACUGUACAUUCCAAAAUUUUCUAUUUCGGGCUCCUAUGAUGUCAAAGAGAUAUUAAAGAGAUUGGGUGUGACUGAUGUAUUCGAGGACAAUGCCGAUCUGUCUGGAAUCACUGAGAAUUCCAAGCUGAAGGUUUCAAAAGCUGUUCACAAGGCCCUGCUGAAUGUUCAUGAGAACGGCACUGAAGCAGCAGCAGUCACUGUCGUAGAAAUGGGUCCUACAUCUCUUCCUCCGAUCAUUCAAUUCAACAGGCCCUUCCUGAUUAUGAUUAUUGAUCGAAGCACCGAUGGCUUUCUCUUCCUGGGGAAAAUUGUAAACCCUACUGAAAAAUAA